GCGGGGCCGGGCUCUCCUCGGCCCGCCAGGGCGGGGCUUGUUCGUCGUCCCCGAUCCUGGCGGAGAGGCCCGUACGUGUUGCCAUGGCCGAGGGGGCCGCGGCGGCCCCGGCGUGCUUCAACGAGGAUGAUUUUUACUGCCCGGUGUGCCAGGAGGUGUUCAAAACGCCCGUGAGGACCGCCAACUGCCAGCACGUGUUUUGCAGGAAGUGCUUCUUGACAGCUAUAAGGGAAAGUGGAACACAUUGUCCUCUCUGCCGGGGGAGCGUGACUAAAAAAGAAAGAACGUAUCCCAAAAGGGCUCUAGAUGUUGAAAACAGUAUGAAGAAAGCUUCUGGGGGCUGUAGAUGCUGUGAGAAGCAGGUUAGAUUUUCAUGGAUGAGACAGCAUUAUAAAACGUGUAAGAAGUAUCAGGAUGAAUAUGGUGUUUCUUCAAUUAUGCCAAACUUACAGAUUUCCCAAGACGCAACAGGGAACAGCAGGAGUGAUGCUAUACCUGAUACUGGCGAGAUGGCAAAUAAUCAAAUACUUCAAGGAGAAACAAGUGGACACCCAACCUUCAAAUGCCCCCUGUGUCAGGAGGCCAAUUUUACCAGACAGCGUUUGCUGGAUCACUGUAAUAAUAGACAUCUUUAUCAGAUCGUUCCUGUGAUCUGUCCUAUUUGUGUAUCUCUUCCUUGGGCAGAUACUAACCAGGUUACUAGAAAUCUUGUUAGCCAUCUAAAUCUAAGACACCGGUUUGACUAUGGAGAAUUUGUGAAUCUUCAGCUUGAUGAAGAAGCCCAAUACCAAAAUGCAGUUCAAGAAUCCUGUCAUGUGAACUUUUAAAGUAGAGCCCCCUUCAUCUUCGUACUGAUUAUCUGAAAGAAAAAUUACUUUAUUCUGUUGGUGAUCCAAAGGGUAUAUUAAUAAAAAUGUUUUUCAGUACCCA